AUGGAGACUUCAAAGGAAAAAAAGCGAAGACGACGGAGCGACGGAGAAGAACAUCUAUUUGAUGCCCCUGAGUGCAGCCAUGAUCCUAAAAGGGUCAAGCACCAGGGUGAUCGACGUGGGACCCGCAGACCAUCAGCUGGGAAGCCAGCACCUAGAAAUGAGCCAUGGCACACCUUGGCUCACAUGGGCAAUGCCCUACAGACCUUCAAGGAGUAUGGGAAAGACAGCUACCUAUACAGCAGGGGCCUUGAAGAGAAAUUUAUGGCGGUGAACUUCCUACAACAUCAGCCAGAAAUCACCUCGGCAUCAUGGUAUGAGUUCACCAGCCGUCUUAUUUGUAUCCACAGACACCUGCGCUUGGACUUUCGCUCCCUGUGCCUGACCGCCAACCUUCUGGAGCGGUUUCUUGCCUGCGCUGAUCCCAUCAAGACCACCGACCUGAAUAGAGUGGGAGCCACUUGCUUCAAUAUAGCCUGCAAGUUAGCGGAGAAAAGGAACCAAAGAAGACCGAAGCACCAAAAGCUGUUUGAUGACACCUUAACACUGAAGGAAAUGUCCCGGCUAGAGAGAAACAUCAUCCGGAAAUUGAAGUUUCGACUGGAGGCGCCCACCAUGGACUACUUUAUGGAGCACUUCACCCUCCUGAGAGUAGCCAGUCAGAAGGACUCGCCAAAAGCAGCCAUUGCACUGACGGCAGCUAGAGGCAUUGCAGCACUGAGCCUGACACACCAUCAGGACUUUUACACUUAUGCACCAUCUGUUAUGGCUCUGUGCUGCCUCAAAGUAGCCGACAAAUUCCAUCCUUCAGGCAAAGCUGUCAAGGUGGAUCCUGCUGACUAUCCAGACCAUCUAAUAGAGGAGUGGCUUUUUAAUACAGAAUAUUUGCUUUUCUCACUGGAAAAGAUGUUUUUCUUGCCUAUACUUUCUGCCCUAUAA